UUAUCUGUUGGCUAAAAGUCAGAUAAUGUGGAUGUUGAGAAAGUUACUUAUACUGUACUGAGAGAUAGCUGCUAUGAGCACAUAAUUUCUGUGCAUAACAUGCACGGCAGAUUUUCUGUGAUUUAAGCGCAAUGAUGAUCUUCUUUACAAAAAUAUAUACGUGGUAGGGGUUCUGGCUUGUGCUCUGACAUGGUAGAAAGAGAAGCAACACAGCGGGGUGGCAGGGAGCUCAGCCCUGGAGUCAGAGCCAAUUGUGAAGCUGGUAUUUAUCAUUUAUGCUGAUCUAGGUCUGGCUAUUAAUAAAUUGCUCCAAACCUCUGAUACCUAAUCAGAAAAUUGGAGGGCCAAUAAAUACAUUCACUAGUGUCUCCAUCACUUUCUCCACUGCUGGGACAAAAUACCUGACUCCUGCAACUUAAAGGGGGAGAGAUGUAUUUUGGCUCCCAUUUUAGAAGUUUUAGCCUUCACAUGGUCAGCUGGCUGCAGGUAGAAGCAUGGUGGAACAGCCUGACACAAAGAAAGGUGCUCAAGAAGUAAGAGAGGAGACAGGAAGGGAGAUGAGCCCUUUCAUUCACACUCCACUGACCUGCUUUGUACAGCCAUACCCUGCCUCCUGACACUGAGCACCCUCACAAUCCAGUCACCACCCGCAGGUCCUUCCUCAGUGCACGAGGCCUUGGGGAACAUCCAGAUACAGCACAGUGGUACCUCGGUUCACGGACGCUUCUGUUUGCAAAUAAUUCGGUUCAUGAACAGAAGCAUUCAACAAAGUUUUGCUUCUGCUCACGACCUCUGCAUCAGGUGAUGAACAUGAUUGUGGCCAUCUUCCCCACUCUGACACGUGGUUGUGACUUCCUCUAGUUGAGAUCGUGGCCACAGACCUGUGUACACUUCCUGUGAAGUUUUUUGGGGGCUUUUUGGCACGUACAGUAGUGUACUGUAUUCAGUCCAGCUUGGCUCCAAAGAAAGUGCACAGCAACAAUAGUAAGGAGAAGGUUUUGAAGAAAAUAACCAUUGGAUGGAAGAAGGAAAUUGUAGAAAAGCAUGAGCAUGGAAUUCAUGUGACUGAUUUGGCAUUGGAGUAUAAGAUGGCGAAGUUGAAGUCAACAGUCUCAACUGUUCUGAAGAAUAAAGAUUCCAUCAAAGGAGCUGACGUGGCAAAAGGAGUCAUGCUACUAAUCAAGCUGAGCACGUAGUGCUGGAAGAGGUGGAAAAACUUUUGUUAGUGUGGUUGAAUGAAGACCAACUGGCAGGUCACAGUGUUAGUGCAGCUAUGAUCUGUGAAAAAGCCGAGAAAUUGGACGGUGACUUACUGCAAGAAAACUCCUCUCUACAAGUGCAACAAGUGAUGAAUCUAAAGCUAGUAGAGAGUGGUUUGAUAAUUUCCACUAGAGAAGUGGCGUCCACGGAAUGAUAAGACAUGGCGAGGCUUCCACUUCUGAUAAGGCCACUGCAGAAGGCUACAAGAAAUACUUUGUGGAAUUCAUGAAGGCAGAAGGUUAUGUCACACAACAGAUGUUCAACUAAAUGAAACAGGGCUCUUUUGGAAGAAGAUUCUGAACAGAACCCAUAUCACACAGAAGGAAAAGAGACUGCCCAGGACCAAGUCCACAAAGCACAUAUGGACCCUUUUGCUGUGUGUGAACACAAGUGCUGAUCUAAAGAUUAAGCCACUGUCGGUGCACCAUUCCCAGACCCCCUGUGCGUUCCAAGGACAGAAUGUGAACAAGGCCAGACUGCCUGUCGUAUGGAGGACCAAUGCGAAAGCCUGGGUCACAAGGCAGCUCAUCAUGGAAUGGCUACAUGAGAUGUUCACACUCAUCAUUAAGAAAUAUCUUUCUGAUAACCAACAGCUUGAAAGGUGCUUUCUUCUGAUGGACAGUGCCCUGGCACAGCCUCCAGCCUUGGUGGAUGACAUAGACACCGAGUAUGACUUCACAAAGGCCACCCCCCAACACACACAACACCUCUUCAGCAAGUGAUGUGCAACUUCAAGAAGCUGUGCACACAGGCACUCUUCACCUGGUGUCUUAAUGCCACCGAGGAGACGUCCUUGGCUCUGGAAGAAACAUUUCAGUGUCCUCCACUGCAUCAACCUCACUGACAAAGCCUGGGAAGAUGUCAAACACCAGUCCUUAAACUCAGCCUGGAGGAAACUGUGGCCAGAAUGUGUCACCGAACACGACUUUGAGUGGUCUGAUGCACAGGUAGUGGGGGAGAUUGUCACAUGGACAAGAGUAUGGGUCUGGACAUCGAUGGAGGAGACAUGGAGGAGCUGAUGAGGGAAGCACUUGCUGGACUCCAGAGUGAGCAGCAGAAGCUAAGAGACAAAGAAAAGAGGAAGCCCCUGAAGGAGAUCUCCCGUAUCCUAAAGGAGGGGACUCUCCCUGCAAACAGUAACCUUUCCCUCACCUUCCUGUCCUCCACGCCAGAAAUCACCUCAAGCAAGGAUGGCCCUGAAGCUGGACAGACUGUGAAGCAUGUUCAUGUCCACGUUCUUCCCAGAAAGGCUGGAGACUUUCGCAGGAAUGACAGCAUCUACGAUGAGGCUGAAGCACUCUGGAAGGCUCUUGUAAGAGUCAAACUCUGGUUGCAGCUCACCCCAGGCAGACGGUGCCUUUUACAUAGCUACUGUCUAAGACUCUGGGCUGCAGUUUCUCAGGCCAGCUUUGGGAAAGCUGGAGAAACACGACAAAGAGGAGGAAGACCGCCCGGCCUCUUGGAGAUCCGAGGAGGAAAUGGCAGCCGAAGCAGCUGUGCUCAGGGCCUACUUCCAGUGACAGCGGCAUGAAAGUAACUCAAACAAAUCCCAAGGCAUAAGGAAAUGGGCCUCGUUCUGUAGGACUCUGCAGCACUGGAAAUGAAGCCAAGCGACUUGAUUACAUCCUACAAUUCUGCAACCUUUGGCGAAGCGUUUUAUUGUACUUGUGGAAGCCACUGGGGCUAUGUUUCAAUCACGAUGACUGACAGGCUAACUUCAAAACAAUGGUACUGAUGCUCUUCCACUUCCCCAGCUCUGUUCUCAGAAUAGAACCUUUUCCAAAUUGUCCUUUAGCCCGCAUGAAAAUAAAAUGGUAGUUCAAAUGUUUUA